AACAACAUGGCUAUGCCCCAGAGUCACCACUCUCCUACACCUCCCCACCUCCUCAACCCGGACCCCCACCAGACUCCCUCCGCACACCAGUCUCCUGCCUUCAACCAGCAUCAGUUCUCGUCGCCGCCUUCGGGCGCGGGUCACUCUAGACAUGCGUCUCUCGGCCCCGAAGCCGCUCUCUUGCCGAACCAACUGAAUGAAUGGAGCCAACCUCAGUUUCGAGGCCACCGGCGAUCUCCUUCCGAGUAUUCUGACGUCUCUUCCGCCGCACCCUCUCCGAACCUAGUGAGCGCCGACAGCUUUGACGGAAUCGACCAAAGUCAUUCGCCGAUGCAGCGGCCCCAAGAUGCCGGUCUCUACCAGCAGAUCCAGGGCUUCGACAACUUCACCAUUUCGGAUCCCGCGCUCGGCAGCCCGAAUCUUCAUGGACGGAGCCCGUCGCACAGCCCGGCCAUCUCACCGCGCAUCCUCCCACAGUCGAUGCCCGAGCUGAACCAGCCGCCCAAUUUUGGUCUCCAAGCACAAAAUGCCGGGUUCGUAAGUGGUGCAGGCUACACCGGGCAAGAAGCGUUCCCGACUCUGCAACAGCCGGAGAUGCCCCAAGUGGCGCCGGCCAUCAACAUCGAGUUCGCGCCCACAGCAAGACAAAACAACUUUGAACAGCCCAAGAACCAAAUGGAUCAAGAUUCUCUUACUCCGCCAGAGCGAGGCCGCCCGCGAUCCAGACCCCGCGCAGUGACAGAUCCCUUCAACAGCUCCGGCGGAGGCAUGGUGCGCCAAACUUCUGCUGGCAGCUUAUCACCUCAUCUAGGAUCUGAUCUUUCCGGCCGAGACUCAUCAAGAUCGCUCUCCCCGCUCGAUCGGGGAGCUGUGAGCCCCAGUCGCAGACGCCAAUCUACCUCGGCCGUACCAAACAACGUUAUCGCGCUGAGAUUGGCGGACCCUGAAUAUCAAAAUGCGCAGGACAACGGAAACUCGAAACGUGUGCAGAAGCACCCGGCAACAUUCCAGUGCACUCUGUGCCCUAAGCGCUUCACUAGAGCCUAUAAUCUUCGGUCUCACUUGCGAACCCAUACAGACGAGCGUCCCUUCGUCUGCACAGUUUGCGGCAAGGCGUUCGCGAGACAGCACGACCGCAAGAGACACGAGGGUCUGCAUUCUGGAGAAAAGAAGUUUGUAUGCAAGGGAGACCUCAAGGCUGGUGGCCAGUGGGGCUGUGGUAGAAGAUUUGCGCGUGCCGAUGCGCUUGGCCGACAUUUCCGAUCAGAAGCGGGUAGAAUCUGCAUCAAGCCGUUGUUGGACGAAGAAAUGCUCGACCGGCAGCGCGCGUGGCAGGAGCAGCGGAUGCAGCAACAGAACAUGCAAAAUAUGGCGGCGCAGGGUAUGGGCAUGGAGCCUGGUUAUCCCAUGGACGCCGGUGGGCAGUACAUGCUGCCGGCUGCUCUGUUGGCUCAGUACCCGGCGCUGGCCCAGAUGAACUGGUCAGCGCAAGAUGCGAGCAGCGGCCUCGAAGACGACAUAUCGGGCCGUUCGUCGUUCGAUGCCAGCGACUACGAAGGCGACGACGGUGGGUAUGUCAGCGGUCCUGGUACAGGCUUUGGAGAGGGCGGCAUGGGUCAAAACUUUGGAGAAGUCGGAUAUGCCAGUGAUUAUGGUGGUCGGUAACAGGGUGAUUUGAUUUCAUCUGCCAUUUUCUUUGUUUUUAUGUCUUCUUUGCGGCCAAUCGCCUGCGACACGGUUUAUUCUACACUUAUUUUCAGGGGAUGUGGCGCUUCAUGAACAAGCGGAUGUACGGGAACAGCGUUAGCAACGCCCGCAGAGGACGUUGCGCGGAUGGUCUGGUUACAGGAUUAGAACGCGUUGUUAUAGAUACCAUUAUGACGAAACUUUUACCAUUUA